CAGUAGAUGCCCUAGUAUCAUUGGUAUAUAUAAAACGGUUUUAGCUGUGUGUAGCAGCCCUCUCUAAGGUUUUUCACAUAUCCGGCGGUGGUGCUCUCGUCUUCCUCGGUUUCGAAAUGGCGAAGAGAACGAAGAAGGUUGGAAUCGUCGGCAAGUACGGAACUCGAUAUGGAGCGAGUAUCAGGAAGCAGAUUAAGAAGAUGGAGGUCAGCCAGCACAGCAAGUACUUCUGUGAGUUCUGCGGCAAGUACGGAGUGAAGCGAAAGGCAGUUGGUAUCUGGGGGUGCAAGGAUUGUGGCAAGGUCAAGGCUGGUGGUGCUUACACCAUGAACACCGCCAGUGCUGUCACCGUCAGAAGCACAAUCAGGAGGUUGAGGGAGCAGAUCGAGGGUUAAUAUCAUCAUCCUAUGCUUUUGUCAUUCAUUUGGCUUCUUUGUUUUGACAAUAUCAUGUUUUGCAAUACUAUGUUUCUAUUCAAGACGAUGUUACAUUUAGCUUUGAAUCAAAUCUCUUCGAGUUU